AUGGAUGGGAAGGAAAUACCACGGCAAUGGAAUGCUUACCAUCUCCGAAAUUUCUCAUUCCAAAAUGUCUCAUCUACCUACAAAACACAACUGUUGUCCAUAAGCAGCGUCCUUCGGGAGACGCAGGGCAACGACCAGAAGCGUCCUUCGGGAGACGCAGCCCAUAAAAAGCGUCCUAAGGGAGACGCAGGGUGCGCUAGGAAUUUCCUAAGGGAGGUAUCCAGGUUCCUAUCCGUUCCCUAA